GGGACCCUACCGAUUCAUCCGUAGGGUAUUGUGCUUGCAAACUGGUCAGGUACAGUACGUUGAGAGUCAAGGGAGACAAGCGAUCGCUGACCCUUGAUGAGGCCCCUCAAACGGGGGCUAUCUCCAUGGUUUUUCUGGAAGGAAGAGUGUCGCCCGACUGGAGUGUUGUAACCGUGCCUAUGAAUUCUUCUGCGUCCUAAUCUGGCUCACCUUCCAUUCGCACCUGCGUACCGUACGUCUCAAACGCUUUCCUACGCCCCUUCGCUCGAAGCACGCGCAACCUUCCCCCCCCUGGCCAGUACGAGGGCGAGGCUUCUUGAUCUGCCACCCUCAUUUCCGCCGCCUCGAUACAUUUUGUCUAUUCCCCACCUACGGUACCAUGAGUUCACCGGCUCCGAACAAUGCGGCUUCCGUUCGGACAGCCUCCGGCAGCGCCGAUACAUGGCACACAAAGGUCAGCGCGAGAAGUAGUAGAAGCUCUAGGGAAGAACACAACCAGCUGCAUGUUGAGUACAUACUGGUUGCCGAAUUCUCGAUCGAUAAGGGUCCAACCAUGGAGCAUCAAUAUCCGAACGCUAUAAGCGGAGACGAGCAGUGAGUUUUUACCCGCCUUCCCUACCAACCCUUCCAAUACAUAUGAUACAUGCCGCUCCAAUCGCCACUAUCUCCAAGUCUCCCACUUAUCUCCUCAUUGUAUCGGAGAAAGAAAAGAAAAGAAAAGUGGGGGGGUUGUUGUUGCAUGACCUCAUCUGUGACAAUCAAUUCAACUUGAUUCAGGAAUUAAUUGGAUGCGCAAAACGGAGAGUUCUCGCGUGCUGACUGUGUGAGAAAGCAUGUUGGCCGAGCUCAUGCUGCCUGAUCAAGCUCAUGUUCGCUUUCAAGACUGGACGAUAUUUUUUCUGCAUAAAGAUGCUGAACAGAAUGAAGAUCAAAUGGACCCUACAGGCCAUGCACCGUUGAUCUAUGUGCUCAAUUUGGUGAAUACAAAACAUGACAAAGAAGCGAAGCGGUAUGUUUCCUAUUUUUUUCUAUGCCAUUUGGUGGACACCACAAGCUUACAGAUAAUGCUUGGUUCAAUAGAGGCGCAAAGGUGAAAGCUAUGGCUAUCUGCACACGCCAUUCGUUCCUGCAUAUUUACAAGGUGAUUAUAAUAAAGAAAUUGCAUAUCUAGCGAUAAUCAUUAACAAUAUGUUCACUAGCCAAUUCUUUUACUUGCGCUCGAAGAGUACUUCAAAUCACCAACUCUUGACACUCUGGCCGAGCUCUUUACUGCUGUAAAUAGUAUGGACCUUUCGCCAAUGCCACGUUUGUCAAUAUUCGAGCGUCAAGUCCUUGCUGCAAGUGAUAAGAAAGAAAUGUUUUCUGAAAAAUUUGACGAAAUGGCAAUGGUCUCACCAAAUGCUGCGAAUCAUCAAAUAAGGUCCCCAUCAGCCGCGGGCAUGAUUACGGCUAGUGAUCAGGAUGGCGAUUUAAGGCCGACUACAUAUAUCGAUCUGGCUCCUGGGAGAAACAAGGUUGUGAACGGAAAGAUCACUAUUAAUCGCGAUAGCCAUGAGUUUGAAACAAAAGUUGUUUAUAACGGCAUACCCGUGCCUAUAAGGGUUCCGGUAGCUGUUUUACCAGAGACCGUUGGUGAUGUAAGAGGGUCCUUUCUCCUACCCUUAACCACUGAUCAUUCAUGUGUGGUUUGAAUUGACCUCUCCAAGUUCUCGUUGAUACAACUCAUUACCACCUUUUCGAAUCCUCACUCCCACAACCCCCAGCCAUUCGCGCUUCACCCACAUCUCACAACGAAUGGUCCAUACACACAUCCCAUAAUGGUACUGGUCAACGGACUGCUCACACAAAAGAGGAUUGUGUUCCUUAGUCAUGGUCGCCCUUCCGGUGAUGUUGCGGAUCAUGUACUUGCCGCGUGUGCAUUGGCAUCGGGAGGAGUUCUUCGAGGAUUCACGCGUCAUGCUUUUCCUUAUACUGACCUCUCCAAAGUCGAUGAACUGCUUCAGGUUCCUGGUUUCAUUGCUGGUGUUACCAAUCCGACGUUUGCGAACCAUCCUGGUUGGUGGGAUAUUUUGUGCAAUAUUGAUACUGGUCGGGUGAAAAUUUCUCCAGAAAUUAAAAUGUCAGGGCAGUCUGACGGCGCUACUAUCUUUGGGAGUAUGACCAACAUGCAGGGGAAUAUUGACACUGGUGACAAUCAAUUUAUGGACGAUAUUUUGCAUUGCAUCUCGUCGAGGUUUGGCGAAAAGGCUGUGAGGGCCAGAUGGAGGGAUUGGGUUGUGAGAUUCACACGGAUGGCCGCUGCAUUCGAGGAGAUGGUUUACGGAGCCAGCGCUCUAUGGAUCGGUCAUGAAGAAAAUCAUGUCGUCCGUGGCCAUGGAUUCGUUUGGCCUGAUGAGCAAACCAAGAUUAGAGAUUUAACUGCCAACAUGGCCAGGAUCGAAGGGUGGCGAGGAAGCCGCAGUUACCACGCCUACGCUCAGGUGAGCUUCUGUCAACCCGCCUUUAUCUGAAUAUAUGGCACCUUCUAACUGGCGAGACUUGGAAGGAUGUUCAACAAUUCUAUAUGGCAAAACCAAUCAAAAUUCUGGAUUUGCACCACCAUAUGGAUCGACUAAGAACCCUGAGGAUGUCUCACGAGGACUCAGGGAAAAUAUAUACUGCGUUGAAAGAUUAUGUGGUCGAAUAUGAAGAAAUUAAUCAGGUAAACUCCGCUCCAAAAAGUUCAAUUGAAAAAGUGUCUGACAUCAUUAGCUGCUUUGCGUGAUUCCUGAGAACCAGGGCGGACUGUUUCCUGUCGCGGUGGGUCUAUUCCAUCCGGUCCAGAAAGUUCGGUUCGCGGUCGUGGAACUGCUGGAGAGAAUUAGCAUGCACAUGGUAACUAGGCCACCCCUUCAAAUUUUUGCGGUCAGUUAUAACUAGUCAUCAACUAUUUCAGGCUGGCCGGCAUUUCUUUAGCUCUUUAAACAAAUUCCAAAAACUCGCCUUCAUCCGUCUACAACAAGAAAAGGCGAACACGGUAGAGAGUCCAAAUACCGGUCUGACGAUGUCUGGACUUAGUAUCGGGGGAGCUGUGACCAAGUCAUAAUUAGAGUGAGAGAUUCGGUGGGUAAUUUGCCUUUUCUUGGUGGCCGCGAGUAAUGCAUCUAGCGGGAUUUCAAUUGCUCUUUCUCUUAAAUAUCAUCAUGGUCACGGAGGUCGUUGUUUGAAAUAAUGAUGAAAUUUAUUUCUCUUUGAUGCCCGGUGUUCUGCUGCCGUAGCGGUACACCUCCUUUACUCGGGUAGUUCACUGCAAUGAUUUGGCUGCUUGUAAAUGAUGUAGACACGGAAGAAAAUAGCGUUUUGGUUGCUUGGUUGGAGGGGGUUUCCGGGGGGGUGAUGUGGUGUCGUAUCCGAGACGCGAGAUCCUAUGAACCGGGACAGCAACCUCGAUUAAACGUGUGGUCACGUGUGAUGUUUUCCGUGUCAGACCCAUUAAUGGCUAGGUUAGUCCUUGGUGGGUGGUCAAAGCUUUGAUUGUAAUCUGGUCUGCUGCCCCACCAUCAGUUUUUCCUGACGCCAGCCAGCAAACCUGGAAAAAUUGCUUGAGGUCGGUAUCCGUCUAUCAACAUAACAAUCUCCCUCGACAGCAACAGAACCGACAGCUCAGAGAUCAACAUCGACCCCCUCUAGUAUAUUAUUAUCAUUUACUAUUUUUUUUUCUUUUCUGCCCUUCCUCACCCACCACCACCACCGCCGCCACCCUCUUUUAACGGUUGUGCUACCAAUCUCGAGCGUGCUUUCUUCCGCUGGGUCCACACACGAGAGCCGUUUAAGCGAAAAAGAAAAGUAUACACGGAAAAAGAAAAAUUGGGUACCCUUUCGUCACACCUUCGCUCAUCAACCUUGGAUCCCUCUUCCUUUCCUUCUUUCCUUCCUUCCUUUCCUUUUUUUAUUUUACUUAGAUCUGCAGUUUUCAACUCGGUUUGCCCCUCGACGCUCUGUUUUAUCGCAUCUUUUUGCGGGGAACCCCGAGCUAGUGAUCCGCGUCCGCCGGACUGCUUGCUAUCUGGCAAAGCGGAAGGUGGGGCAAGUUUUCGACCCGGAGAGCACAUUAGCUAUUCGUAUUAAGGGGUUUGCAUCCAUAGUAACGGGAGAAUGGACGCUCAGGUACGCACAUCUCUUCCCGAUAUAUUUUCUGAUUCUGAAGAUAAUGAAUUGGCUUCUAACGGUUUAUUGCAUCUAAAGGUAGAGAAUGCCGUCCAAAUUGCAUAUAAUCCUGGCGCGGAUCCGCAAAUCAAGAGACAGGUCUGUGUAGGCCCUAGAACCGUAUUGGAGCUCUGCUAGUGCACGGGUUAUGCUGACUCGAGAAUUGUAGGCUAUGACUUUUCUACAGCAGGUGAAGCAGUCACCGGAUGCCUGGCGGGUCUGUCUCCCUUUGUUCACACGAGAUCCACGGGCCGCCGAGAUCGUUCGCCACUUUUGCCUUGAUGUCCUGAAUAUCACCGUUCAACGCCGGUUCCAUCAAACGGACGACCAGAGUCUCGAUUACAUUCGAGAGACUCUGAUGGAUUACAUCAGACGGCUAUACAUUACAGGAUCUAACGCCCCUGACCCUCCCGGGAUUCAAAACAAGUUGACCCAAACCCUGACAUCACUCUUUGUGGGCAUGUAUACGACAACUUGGGGAGGCUUCUUCGAUGAUAUGCUUACUCUGACUUCUUCCUCUAGCGAGGCUAAUGCCCAGGGUAGCCGGGACAAUUACUUGGGCGUAGUGUUCUUCUUGCGCAUUGUGGCUAGUGUGCACGAAGAGGUUGCGGAUGUUCUCGUCCCGCACACUAUGGAGGAGGCCCAGAGAAAUACUCAAAUCAAGGAUGUUGCUCGUGAACGUGAUGUGAGAAAACUAGUGACGGCCUGGCAGGAAAUUCUGGCCCAGUGGAAUGGGAGUGAUAAAGGCAUUAUAGAGAUGUGCCUGAAAGUUAUUGGUCGAUGGGUUAGCUGGAUUGACAUAUCGCUGGUUGUCAAUGAAGUCUUACUCGGGAUGCUGUAUAACUUUAUACUCGGUGAAUCUAGAGUCAGGGACGCUGCCAUAGAGACUUUGGCCGAUAUUGUCGGGAAGAGAAUGAAGGGUACGGAUAAGCUAGAGCUAAUUGUCUUCCUAAAGCUUGGAGAGAUUGUGGAGACGUUGGUCAAUUCACCUGCAUUGCAAGCUCACGGGCAGCCAACAUAUGACAUUGAACUUGCUGAGGGUGUGGGCAAACUGGUUAACAAUGUGGCUGCCGAUAUUUUGAGAAUAUUGAAUGAUGUGAGUUGUUCCAUAAUCCUCUUUAUUCAUUGCCCCAUGUACUAAAGAUUGUCACAGGACUCCCUUGAUAUUCAAAUCAAACAACGAGCUGAGGAGCUUUUCCAGCCUUUUGUUCUAUUCCUCCUUCGCUUCUUUAGUGACGAAUGGGACGAUGUCUCGCAUGCCGUUUAUCCCUCUAUGCUCGACCUUCUUAGCUUUCUUAGAAAGGAAAAACGUACUACUGGAACCCUCUCACAUGCUCAUAAUCUUAUGCUAUCACCUAUACUCAAUGCGAUUGUAUUCAAAGCGAAAUAUGACGAAGAUACAACGUGGGGUGGUGAAGACGAUGACGAGGCCGAUGAGGCCGAGUUUCAAGCACUCCGAAAGCGAUUGAAGACUUUGCAAGACACUGUUGCCGCCAUUGACGAACAGCUCUAUAUCAAUACAUUAUCUAGCCUUAUCGGUACAACAUUUGAUAGAGUGGCGGAAGGUGGGGUUGCUGUUGAUUGGCGGGAGGUCGAUUUAGCAAUGUAUGAGAUGUUCCUCUUUGGAGAAUUGGCUAUGAGGAGUGGCGGAAUGUUCAACAAAGGGCAACCACAAGGGCCGGCAGCAGAAACUCUAAUAAGCCUAAUGGUCAAAAUGAUGAAUUCUGGUGGGACUCCUAGAGCUCAACCUUGCGAUGCUGGUAGUAAUGGCUUUAUAGGUAUCGCGGCCUCUUCACAUCCGGCCAUCAAACUUCGGUAUAUGGAAACAGUUGUGAGAUAUGCGGCAUUCUUUGAAGUUCAUACUACUUAUAUACCGAAAGCUCUUGAGAACUUUGUGGGGGGGGUGCAUGAUAACCAUGUACGUGUUCGAAACAGGUCCUGGUAUCUCUUCUUUCGAUUUGUCAAAACUCUUCGCCAGCACAUCGGUGAGGUCGCUCAAGAGGUGCUGGAGGCAAUCAGCGAUAUUCUCGUCAUACGGGCCGAGUUGCCGCAGGAUAUCGGAGAUAAUGAGAUGUCAUCAGACGAUGCUCAAAGUGAGGAUGUUACCUUUGAAAGCCAGUUACAUCUCUUUGAGGCAGUUGGCUGCCUCUCAUCCAUAAAAUCCAUCGCCCCUGAGAAGCAGGUGCUCUUCGUAACAACAGUCAUGACUCCGUUGUUUAGGAAUAUGGAGAGUAGCUUAGAGGCCGCAAAGAAGGGCGAUACCCGAUCGGUGUUGCAGGUUCAUCACAUCAUGAUGGCUUUAGGUACCUUGGCGAAAGGCUAUGCCGAUGGGACCCCCGGCCCCAGCGCCUCCACCCCUGCGCCCAACGAAUUAGUGGUUCGGGAGUUUGAAAAUGCCUCGGAAAUUAUUUUAGUGUCACUGGAAUCUCUCCGCAGUUACCAAAAUGUUCGGGAUGCUGCCAGACGUUCUUUCUCCAAAAUGGUAGUAAUUCUGGGGCCGAAGGCUUUGCCUACAUUGCCAAGGUGGCUUGAAGGGCUCCUGGCAGAAAAUUCAACAACUGAAGAGAUUUUAGUAUUCCUGAGACUUUUAAAACAAAUUGUUCAUGGAUUUAAGGUAUCUAUUCAUAAAUACUAGUGUAACGACUUUGAAAGGUGCUAACUUUAGGCAUAGUCAGAAUUUUAUGACAUUCUGAACUCUCUGCUUGCCGCACUUUUGGAAAAAGUAUAUGGCUCCCUAGGACGAGAAACAACUGGAACCGACGAUGAAAUACAAGCGGCGGAGUUGCGGAAAGAAUACCUCGACUUUCUACUUGUUAUUUUGAACAAUGACCUUGGGCUUGUGCUUGUCAGCGAAGGUACUGCUCGUGCGGGCUUUUAUUCUUCGUUCGCUAACUUAAUUUAGCCAACCAACCUAUCUUCGAACAGCUUAUAGGCACAGUUCAACAUUUUGCCAAAGAGGUUAACGACCUCCCGACUUCUAAACUCGCGUUUUCCGUUAUGGGAAAAAUGUCAAUUGUCUGGGGGCCCGCUACCGACUCCGAAAAGGAGCAAAUAAACGGCAGUUUGAAGGAGCAGCCACUUCCUGGGUUCGAGACGCUUAUGAUUGAGCGUUUCUCGUGCCUUUGCUGGGAGGUUCCAGCUAUGCCCGAUUUCCAUCCAAAGGAUGCUCAAGCAAAGAUGGUUCUUGGCGAGAUUGCCGCCCUACAGAACAUCCUUUACAGUAAACUUGGUGAAAACUUUAUUCAAUAUUUAGGAACCGUUUACUUUCCAUCUGUUAAUCUUCCUCAAGGCCCUGCCGAGGAGUACCUGGUAGCGCUCCGGCAGAUGGAAUUCAAACCCUUUAGGAGCUACUUUCAGGUGGGCAUUCAUGUGCAUGUACGUUACCAGGAAAUAAUUUUUACUAAUGUGCGGAAACCGCAGAAAUUUAUACAAGGAGUCAGUGGCAGAUAGUCAACUCCUCUUCCCCCUUGCUAUUUAA